AUGGCGAUCGUCAAUCAAAAUAUGGUACCGCCUGUCCCUUUUGCUCAGCAUCCACCGGGUCAUCCACGGGAGGGUCCUCGCAUCAUCCAGCGUGGUGCCCCUGUGCAGAUGAACUCAGCCCAUCUGGCAGACAGACUAGCUCAGCUCAACGUUGGCUCGCAAAGGCCCACCCAAGGGGGCUACCAUGAGGGGGAUGACCUCCCCCCUGUUAAGAAUAUCCAGACGCGUGCCCCAUAUCAAUUUCUGGGAUACACUUUCUCCAAGGCCGACCCGGCUCCUGGCCACAAACCCACCUGGAGCCGGGCCCAAAGCUCCCCGAUGAACCUGAGCCAGGAGGACCUGUUCCAACUGGUUGAGAAACAAGCUAAAAAGUCCCCUGUCGCCCAGCAAUACCAGGAAUUGGAGAAGUCCAGGCGGAACCAUGUGGAUGAGUUAAUCGCGGAGCUCAAGCGCGGUGAUCCUCGCUUUGAAUGGACCUGCGUGUACAUCAAGGAGCACACGAAGCCAUCAAAAGGCAGGAAUCCUCGCUUGAUGUAUUACGAGACCCGCUCUAUAGACGUUGUGAUCGCCAAGAGGCCAAUCCCCGAUGAACGCCCGAAUACCCAGCCUCAUCCCAAGGUCACAGAUGAGCAUCUGGAAGAAUUUGACGACUAUCUGACGGCCGAAGCGCCGACACCGGUAAGGGUUGAGAUCCAACCUCCUGGUCAAUGGAGCCAACCAGUGCCGCCCAAUAUGCAUCCCAUGCAGCAACCGCACCCUCAGGUUUUUCAACAUGUACGCGCCCCAGUACAGGGUAACCCUGACGCCGCAAGACAGCCACAGGUUCACCAAGCACAAUGGCCAGGGACGCAACAGCAGCCUGGCAUGCACCAGCAACGAGACAUACACCAGCGGCCUGAGAUGCACCAGCGACCAGAAAUGCAUAUUCAUGAACGACCCCAGCCAGCCUCAGGCUCAGGCCCGGCUCCUCCGCCACAAGACCAGGCUGCUCGUAUGCCCAUGAAUUCUGGCCAACAUCAUCAAGGUCAUAACAAUGUUCAGGGCCAAAAUCCGUUCGGCCAGCAUGCGAAUCAUCCUUUCGCAAGACCACAGGUUCAUCAUCCGACCAAUAACGGUUUCACCCAACCACAAGUCCAUCAGGCCCAACCACAAGUCCACCAGCAAGCCAAGUUCGACCAAGAAUACAUGCGCCGGUCAUCGAAUCCGCAUAUCGGAGCUGAGGUUGAAUGGCCUCCCGAAUCAAGCAGCAUUGGCGACGACGAGUCGGAGAUAUUUGACCUUGAAGACGAGAGCUCCGCGACUGACGGCUCUGAGGACAUCGAACAGCCGCCUGGAAAGCCACAGCCCUGGCGGGGGAGUCUUUAUCGCCAAAAGUCGCCCGCAAAGCAGAACCGCGCUGGGCCUGGGUACCGGACCCACCACCGGAAGAAACCGAGCAAGACUGCCUCAGACUCGAAGCUGAACCGCGCUCAAUACCCGGCUGGCUACGUGGAAGUCAUCCCGUUCAGCAGCAAAAAUGCAAACCAGCGGCCGGCGAAAGCUCAGUCCAGGGAUGGUUUUGUGCAGCAGCAGCAAUCCCGGGCUCGGCCCAAGGUCGUUCAAAGACCCACGAGCUCGGAAGAUCUGGACUUGGCGCACCUCAACGAGGAUCUUCUCAAACUAAAAGGCCGCGAGAAGAAUGACAUCAGAAGCCGGAUUCUCGACGACCGGGAAGCCAGAGUGGAACGACGCGAGAAAAUGGUUGAGCAUCAAGCUCGGAUGCUAGACGAGAAGCUUGACGAGGCACGAUACUUGGACCGCCAUGUGGGAAUUCGUGAGCCUCUAUUCCCUCGUCGAUAUUAUUUGUGA